AUGUCGAUAAAUUUUGGACUGUCGCGGAUAACAAACAUCCUCAGCGCACUGCGCGACCCGCACAAGAACUUCAGAGUCUUCCAUGUGGCGGGCACGAACGGCAAAGGCUCGAUAUGCGCAUACCUGGCGUCGAUCCUCACCAAGGCGUCCUAUACCACCGGGCGAUUCACCUCGCCGCAUCUGCUGUAUCCGCGGGACUCGAUCACGAUUGACGGAAAGGCGGUCAGUCAGAAACUGUUUGACGACGCGUACGGGCUCGUGAAGAGCGUGAGCAGCAGGAUUGACCAGGGCUCGGCGACGAAUUUCGAGUUGCUGACGGCGACCGCGUUCGAGAUCUUCAGUCGGAGGAAAGUCGAUGUCGCGGUUAUCGAGGUUGGGAUGGGAGGAACGCAUGACGCCACGAACGUGGACUACAAACGCAAAGGGGUGGGGGCUACGAUUAUCUCCCAUAUUGCAAUCGAUCACCAGGCGUACUUGGGCGAGAAGCUGACAGAUAUCGCCAAACACAAAGCCGGCAUCAUGCGGCAUCGAGUACCGUGCGUGCUUGACGGCACGAACGAGCCUAAGGUGCUUAAGGUACUCAAGGCGACCGCCACGGACCCGUCAUCAUUGGCGUAUACGACUGUUGAGCUAGCCAACGGGGCCCGGAGAACACAGCAGUAUCUCUAUACAGUGAAAUUUGGAAGAAUCCGGCUAGGCGGCGGACCGCUGCAUGGAAUCUUCCAGAUUCGCAACCAGGCGCUGGCUAUCAAAGCCUUAGAUGUAUGCGCACGCAAAUUUCCACGAGUCAACGUCAAGGCGAUCAGGCAGGGAAUCGCAAACGUGAAGUGGCCGGGCCGGUUGCAGAUUCUGCCCUCCAGCCUCUUCACCGGAGACGAACAACGGCAACAGAAUGUUAUCCUCGACGGAGCACACAACGUAGUAGCAGGAAGGGUUGCCAUGAGAUACUUGAGACAGCUGAAGAGACAGUACCCGGACCAGCCGGUUACCUGGAUCGUCGCGCUCUCGGGCGACCGGGAUCCGGACCAGCUGUUUAAGUUAUGGUUUAAAGAGAACGACCGAGUUAUCGCGGUCCCGUUCAAACCGGUGGAGAUGAUGCCGUGGGUGAAGCCGAUGGACCUAGACGUGCUGUUAGAGUCGGCCGCGAAGUUAGUCGGGCGGGAAAGGGUGAUUGGAAUGAGUGGCAAUAUUCUCGAUGUCAUUGCUAAUGCUUGCAACGACAAUCCAGAUAGUGCGCUAGUGGUUGUUAUAGGCAGUUUGUAUCUCGUCGGGGACGUCCUGCGCGGGUUGGUAGAGAGCGGGAGGAUGAAGUUGGACGAUUUGAUGUAGUAUAGCCGUAGAUGUUUACGAUUUAAAUAGAAUCACGAUUGAGGAUAG